GUGUUUGUGUAUGUGUGUGUGUGUGUGUGAGUGUGUGUGAGUGUGAGUGUGUAUGUGUGUGUGUGAGUGUGUGUGUGUGUGUGAUGCUUCCUGUGCUGUGUGUGGACCACACCCAGUGUUUAGUCAGACUUCGUGUGUUCAGUGUGUCGACGGUUCCCAGGCUGCUCAGAGUGUGUUUCUGUUCUUCUGUCUCUGUGAGGACCGAGACUUAACUCCAGGAGUCAGGAAGUUUCUGUCGGAGCUGAUGUUCACGGACUUUCCUCUGGAAAUGUUCAGACAGUUUUUCUUUGUUUCUCCAGUUGGAACCAAAUAGGACAAGAACAGGAUCCAAGAAGCAAAACUGAGACAUGUGAAAUGAAAAAAACUCAUAUCAGUCAAUGAACCAAUCACAGUGAAGUUAGUAAACAUGAGUCUGAAGAAACGAGACGAAACAUGAACAAAUGAAAUCAUGUUAAAACACGUUUGUCUCCUGAUCUCAUCUGAUCUGAUCUGAUCCCAGUGCCCCGUUCAUUCUGAGGUGGGAUAUUUUCCAGGUGUGUGCUUUGGGGCAGUUGUUAGUCUGAAUGCCCCAGGACUUCCCCCCAGCUGCAGUUCCUCCUCCGGCCUGCAGGGCGGCAGCAGAGAGCGUCGGCAUGAGCGACUUCUGGCACAAGAUGAGCUGCUGCGUCGUCGCUAAACCUCCGCCGAAGAAGAGGAGGAGGAGGAUUGAUCGCACUAUGAUCGGAGACCCGACAAACUUCAUCCAUCUCACACACAUCGGCUCUGGAGAGAUGGCAGAGGGUCUGCAACCGUCGGGCUCGGUCCAGGAGCAGAUGAGGUCCAAAGGCCCGAACAUGAACGGCAGGAACAGCCUGUUAUAGCUGGAGGCCGAUGACUUCAUCCCCCAGAAUGCCUUUCUGCUCAGGAGCUCUGCUGAAUGACUCAAAAUUUCCCAGCAUGCAGCUGAGAGAUUCAUCCAGGAAGCAGUGAUGAAGACUACAUCCCCCAUGAGCUGCUCUGGACUUUUCACAAUAGACUUCGUUUCCCAGAUGCUUCACUGCUCUGCUGGCUUCUCGAGGAUUGUGACCAUACUUAGUUUGCUCCACCACCAAUGACAUCACUGGACUCCAUUUCCCAGAAGUCCUCACUGUGCUACCCCCCCCCCCCCCCCCCCCGCCCCGCUGGGGCUGGAUGAUAUAAGACUCUUUACUGAGGAGACGGGAAAGUCCCUCAAACCCCUUCUACACUGGACUGUGUGUGUGUGUGUGUGUGUGUGUGUGUGUGUGUGUGUGUGUGUGUGUGUGUGUGUGUGUGUGUGUGUGUGUGUGUGUGUGUGUGUGUGUGUGUGUGUGUGUGUGUGUGUGUGUGUGUGUGUGUGUGUGUGAGUGAGUGAGUGAGUGAGUGAGUGAGUGAGUGAGUGAGUGAGUGAGUGAGUGAGUGAGUGAGUGAGUGAGUGAGUGAGUGUGUUAGAGAUGUCAUAUGGUUUUAAUAAUCCACCAGUUGUGAUCACAUGUAAACAAUUCAGUCUCUUCUGUUUAGUUUGUUUUUUAACUUGACUUCAGUGAUGUCACAGUGUGUCACAGUGUCACAGUGAUGUCACUGUGAUGGUCGUGAGCUCAUGAUUUUAAUGACAGUCUCAGUAUUUUGUAUUUAUUCACGUCGAUUUCAUGAUGACGUCAAUUUCUGCAUCAACCUGGGUGGUUGCCACGGAAACCGCUGAGUCACGGCGUUGCCGCGGUUACUUCCUCCAGUCUGGGUGGUGAGUUCACUAGCUCCUCAAAGCGUGGGAGGUUUCACACUUCCUCUCUGUGACGACCUCAGCCAAUCGACACGCCGAUCCUGCGUCACGUGACGCUCCGAUCAGCUGACCACGUCAACAAGUUCUCUUCCUCUUCCUCGUGGUCCGCCCCACAUGGGCUUCCCCUCCUCACAUCACUUCCUGUUUGUCUGGUCGUCAGAAACAACAACAAGGUUCAGAGACAAACUCGUGACAGAGACUAGAUUCUUCUGUCAUUUAUUAUUAAUAUUGUUGUCUAUCAGAGUAAUGUUGAUUGUAUUGAACAUGUGUUGUAUGAAUGAAUGGAUCACGAGCGUCUGAGGAUAAAAACCUGCAACAAAUA